AUGCUUGCUUCUGCAGCGUCGCUGUUGAAUUUAGACAUCACAAUCCUCGAUGUGGGAGACGACGCUCCUGCGAAGCAGGUCUACGCCCCUAGGGCGCCUCGCGAGCAUAUAGAUGGCUCUUUCUCAGACUCAGACAAAAUAAGAGAGCUUGCAAAGCACGUCGACAUCCUGACCGUGGAGAUCGAGCAUGUUAAUGUUGACGUCCUUGAGCAAAUCGAGUCAUCUUCGAGUGUCAAAGUACAUCCGAGCCCCCAGACUAUUCGGGUCAUACAGGACAAGCUCGCCCAGAAACUCCAUUUCCAGUCUCAGUCACUUCCAGUAGUCCAAUUUCUGCCUGUCGAAGCCACAACAGAGUCUGUUGGUCGUGCCAUUGCCCAGCUAGGAUUACCUCUGAUGCUCAAAAGCCGGACAUUGGCGUAUGACGGUCGAGGGAAUUUUGUCAUUAGAUCCGCAGACCAGAUAAAAGAAGGUUUGGGAGCUUUAGGAAAUCGUUCAUUGUACGCGGAAAGAUGGGCACCAUUUGUGAAGGAGGUUGCCGUCGUGGUGGUUCGCAGCGCAGCCGGGGAGAUCCUUUCUUAUCCCGCCGUUGAGACAGUCCACAAGGACAAUAUUUGUCACCUUGUUUUUGCCCCAUUACGCGCAGCUUCCCCUGACGUUGCUGCCCGCGCUCGAAAAAUAGCCGAAGAAGCUGUCGUGACCCUCACUGGAGCUGGCGUUUAUGGGGUUGAGCUGUUUCUUUUGGGUGACGGAGAGUUGCUCAUCAAUGAGGUGGCACCGCGACCCCACAACUCUGGUCACUACUCAAUAGAGGCGUGUCAUACGUCUCAGUUUGAGAAUCACCUGCGCGCCAUCCUUUCGCUGCCACUUGGGUCUACCUCUUUGAAGGUGCCAUCAGCAGCGAUGCUCAACUUGAUUGGAUACUCAGAUAAUGUCAAUGAGAUUAAGCUAAUGACGGAGGCUGCACUUGCUCUACCAGGGGCAAGCGUUCAUCUUUAUGGUAAAGCGAUUUGCCGCAAAGGCAGGAAGAUGGGUCACAUAACUGUUGUGGGAUCAUCUGAUGCUGUUGUUCGUGAACGCUUGCGACCCCUCCUUCAAACCCUUCCCGACGCGACCAGUGCAUCCGUGGAUCUGUACGCGCCACCCCCACCGGAGAAAGGACAUUCACAUCCCAACCCUUUAGUAGGCAUCAUAAUGGGCUCGGAUUCAGAUCUGCCUGUCAUGCUGCCAGCUGCCCGUAUUCUUGACGCAUUCCAGAUUCCAUUUGAAUUGACGAUCGUUUCCGCGCACCGUACUCCCGACCGGAUGGUUCAGUACGCCCGGAAGGCAGUGUCAAGAGGACUGCGUGUGAUUAUUGCCGGCGCAGGCGGUGCAGCUCAUCUUCCAGGCAUGGUGGCAGCACUGACAAGUUUGCCAGUGAUCGGUGUUCCGGUGAAGGGAAGCACACUUGAUGGCGUUGAUUCCUUACAUAGUAUUGUCCAGAUGCCAAGAGGAAUACCCGUUGCAACGGUAGCAAUUAACAACAGCACCAACGCAGCCUUGUUAGCCGUUCGCAUCUUAGGCUCGGCAACGGAAUCAGCCCUCAUCACCAUGGAUGCCUACAUAAACGGUAUGAAAGAGGAAGUUCUAGCCAAAGUUGAGAUGCUGGAAAGUGUCGGAUGGGAAGAAUACACUGUGAAACGAUAA